AUGGCUGAGCCAGGCUCUCCGGCCGCUGCUGCUGCUGGUAACCAAGCUGCCGCAGACCAGUCGAAAGUGAAGCAACUUUUCAAUUUCACUCAAAUUUUCUUCUUCUCCCUGACGUUUAUGUCCAGUUGGGAGUCGAUGGCCCUAAACUUAACUGCUGUUUUUACUAAUGGUGGCCCUCGAGCUCUGGCUUGGGGUAUUAUUGUCGUCGUCGCCGGCGGGUUGGCUCAGUCCGCCUCUAUGGCAGAGAUGGCUUCCAUGCAGCCCAUUGCUGGCGCUCAAUAUCACUGGACUCAUUACCUAGCUCCUCAGAAGCACAGAAAGUUUAUUACUUGGAUGCAAGGCUGGAUUACCUGGUUUGCUUGGGUGUCACUCCUUGCUGGCGUGGCCAACACAACGGCCACUAUGAUCCAAGGUCUAGUGACUGUGAACUUCCCUGACUAUCAGCCUGAGAGGUGGCAUCUUACAUUCAUCAUUUUUGCCAUGUUGAUCGUCGAAGGGUUGAUGAACAUGUACACCUUCUGGUUGAUUCCCUGGGUCGAACUUCUGGCCGGAAUCCUACACGUGGUUCUUUUCAUUGUCUUUGUCGUUGUGCUUGUGUCUAUGGCUCCUCGCCAUACCCCUGGAUGGGUUUUUGGAGAUCACUCAUCCUCCUCGGGAUGGAACAACGAAUUCAUUUCUUGGAAUCUGGGCUUGCUCACUCCCACCUGGGGCUUUGUAGGUUUUGACGGAGCAGUCCACAUGAGCGAAGAAGUCCGUCGAGCAAAGCAGGCUGUCCCCAGAUCUAUGGUCUGGACUGUUGCAACAAACGGGGUUCUUGCAUAUGCAAUAAUAAUUACUAUCCUUUUCACCAUGGGCCCCAUCGACGGUGUCUUGAAGUCAAACUUCCCCAUUAUCGAAAUAUGUCGACAAGCUACCGGCUCUGUGAAGGCUGCAACAGCCAUGGUAUCUGGUCUGCUCAUAAUUUCUCUUGCUGUUAACCUUGCCAGUAUUGCAUCGACUUCACGUCUUACUUGGGCGUGGUCUCGAGACGGAGGUCUCCCAGCGUGGUUCUCAGUGAUCGAUCAAAGACACUGUGUCCCCGUUCGCGCUGUUUGGCUUUCUAUUGUUAUCGUCAUGGUGCUCGCUUGUCUAAACAUAGCCAGUACUACUGCUUUUGGCGCCCUUAUCGCCCUCUCAACCAUCGGACUGUUUAGCUCCUACUUCAUCGCAAUUGGCUGCAUGGUAAUUGCGCGUUUCUCCCGGGAUCGCCCCUUGGAGCUCGGAGAGUGGAACAUGGGCCGAUAUGGCCUGGCUGUCAAUAUAUUUGCGAUGUUUUACACCGCAUAUGUGACGAUCUGGCUACCAUUCCCCUCUCUACUGCCAGUUAGUGCGCAGAACAUGAAUUAUUCAUUGCCAAUUUUUGCAUUUAGCACAUUGUCUGCGAUCCUGUACUGGUUCAUCAGGGGUAAGAAACACUGGGCUGGCCUGAAUAAAGAAGUUAUCCGGUUGGUCGUUGAACGAGCUGAGGAGGCAAUCUCCUCCAUCUUCCAUCUCCUUUAUUUCCAAAAAGUUUCCUCCAUCUCGGCUGUUGACGGCCGUAUACCUUUCUGA